CCGCCGGGCCCGCUCGCUCCGGGCCCGUCCCGGUGCGAUCCCAGUCCCGGUGCGAUCCGCGUCCCAGUGAGAUCCCAGUCCCGGUGGGAUCCCGUCCCGGUGGGAUCCCGUCCCGUUGGAGCGGCCAUGGCUGGCAGAGGCACGAGGACAGUUGUCAUCGCUGGUGUCCCCGCUGGCCUCCUGCAGGAUGAGCUCCUGGCUGACAUCCUCACCAUCCACUUCCAAAUGUCCAGGAACAACGGCGGGGACGUGGAGCAGGUCACGUAUCCCACACGCAAAACUGGAGUUGCCUACGUGACCUUCGAGGAUGCAGGAGUUGUGGAGCGUGUUCUGAAGAAGGAUCAGCAUCUCCUGCAGGACAAGAGGCUGCCCAGGCCCUUCCCCCUGACAGUGACCCGCUACUGCCACGAUGCCUUCCUCUGGGUCACCUCCACCCUCAACAUGGCUGUUUUCAGAGAUCACUUGGUUUUAGAAGAUUUGGUGGAGGAGAUGAAGCAGCAGAGCCCGGCUUUGAGUUUUGGGCCUUUGCAGCGUGACGGGCAAAUUGCCGUGCAAGGGUCCUUCCCAGCACUCCGAGUGCUGAGAGAUUUCCUCCUGCUGAAGGCAAAACCCCUCUCAGAGGAGGACAAAAGAGAGAGAAAAUCCCACCAGAGACCGAGGAGGAAGCUGCAGGAGCGCAGAGGCGCUGCGGAGAUGAGGAAUUCCACCCGGGAUGAGCAGAGGGAAAACCGAGUGCUGGUUCUGGACACGGAUAUCUAUCACUACAUGAAGAGCUUUUAUCCCAAGGCUUUGCAGGGAAAUGAUGUUGUCAUUUCUGGUGUCACUGAUGGUGACAUCACCACGGUGUGCAUUGAGAGUGCUGGCAGCAAGGCUGGUGCUACACAGGGAUUAAAGGCCAAGAAAACGAUAGAAGAUUACUCGGUGGAGCUGCAGAAGAUUUUAUGGAAGGAGAGGAUCUGGUUGAAGGAGCCCAGCAGAGCUGGGAAGCAGAGACACAGACAGCUCUGUGACAGGCUGAAAGCACGCUACCCCACAGUGCUGGUCAUCCAUUAUGACACCCACCUGGACGUUGUGGGCACCUCUGCAGACGUGUUGGGCUUCACAGAGGAGGUGAAGAGGCACUCCAGGUAGGAGUGAGGGCUCCUGGGGUUUGGGUUUCUCACCCAGACUCUGCCCGUGGCCCUGUGGCACUGCAGCUCUCCCUCUGUGGCACUGGGGUGUCACUUUGUCCCACUCACAGGCUGGCAACUCUGCAUGGGAAGGUGACCAAGCCUGGCUCCCCCAAGCACUAAAUUAAGAUCAGAACAAAAAAAUCAAUGAUUUUUGCAUCAUUCAUGAACUUGGGGACCUGUUCUGCCCAGAAACAACAACAUUUCCUUUUGGUACCUCAGUGCAUUCUCACCCCAGCUUGCUGUCAAGGAGUACAUGCUGAAAAAAGAGAUUUUUUUUUUAAGCUGGGUGUGCCAACCAUGUAGGAAACACUGCAGGGAGGUUGUGUGUGAGGUUCUGUGAGGAGGUGACCACAGCAGCCAGGAAUGGGGACCUUUUCUGGCCCUUCAGCUGCAGAGGGACCCCUGGCAGAGCAAAAUGCACAUGGGAUGGACAGGCUUGAGAAAGCCUUGCUAAUUCUUCCCUGCAGGAAACA